CGCUCUCUCACGCUUUCAUCAGCAAUCUUUCUUCAGUCUAUCCAUUAGUUUGGCCGGACAUCUCUGAAAAGAGAAACAAAUCAGCCCCUCUUUGAUAUAACGGAAGUUUUUGGAAAUCGAACAGAACCCCACAAUGGCCGCUAUCCAGCUCAACUUCACUCUCCGCACUUCCGCCAACUGCAAGACGGUGCACUUGCUCGGCUCCUGGGACAACUACCAGGGCCAACUCCCGCUGUCCAAGGAUUCCAAGAAAGCCGGCGGCUGGGUCGGAUGCUUCAAGUUCCAGGGCGCCACUCUGAAGCAGGGCCAGCGAUACUGGUACUACUACAUCAUCGACGGCUACCACGUCUCGCACGACCCCGCCCGCGAAUUCACCACCGAGCCGACCACGGGCCGCAAGCUCAACAUCCUCGACAUUCCCGCCAAGAAGUCGUCGACGACCACCUCGUCCCGUUCGUCGCAGCGCGAUUCCCGUCGCAUCAGCAGUUCCUCCAUCCCCAAGGGGCGUGCCCUCUCCCCCUCGAGGAUCGCUGCUCCGCGUCCCCAGCGCCCGCACGAGACUCGCCAGGUCAUCAACACGCAGUACGACAAGGCGACGCUCGAGGCCCUGACGAGCCGCCUCGCCAACCAGUCCAUCUCCGACGACUCCGACUCCGACUCGUACAUCGACUCGGACGACGAAUCCGACGUGCCGUCGCUGACGUCGCGCUCGUCCAACAGCUCCUCCCCCUCGAGCAUCAGCAGCUCCUCCAGCUGCUGCACGUGCGAGCGCUACGGCAUCACCCGCUCGGGCGACCGCGUCAAGCUCGACUGCGGCGGCGCCCGCUGCGGCUCCAGCGACGACUCCGAGGACUGCUCCUCCGAGGACGAGUACUGCCACGACUACGCGGCCAAGACGACCCGCCGCCAGGGCGUCAUCAUCCGCUCUUGAAGUGCGCAAUAGCGGACAACCUGUAUCUCGACCAUUUGUGACAAUACUUCUUUCGAAUUCGACUUUUCCAUUCUUUUCUGUUUAUAUUUAAAGAUUUAUUAGCCUCCGGGGCUUACU